CUCUCGGUCUCUCGUCAGCACAACCGCAUCGGGACUCUGCAUCUCACAGCAGAGCUCGGAAAGGGAAGAUUGACAUGCGUGGAGAAGAUGGUCUAUGCUUCUAUUUGUACUUCUGCUUUCCUGAAACAACAACAGACAGCACUGAACACCGGAGGAUGAUUCGCGACGCGCACGAUCUUUAACGCUCUCCGAACCACUGCCGCUACCCUUCAAUACGUCCACCCCGCUCGAAUUGCUUAUCGCGACCUCGAUUCUCUCUUUUUCUGCAUCGCCACUAUCUACCGCUAUUUCGCUAUUUCUCCGAGUCUACUCUGUACGCACCUCUGCCCAUUGACGGUUCAAUCUGGCCCGCCAUGGGAGGGCCGGACCCUGCUAUUCCCGACUUUGGCGUUGCCAAUAAUGUAGAUACCGUGCCAUCGGAACGUCCUGCGAAUACAAACUACCAGUCGAACGGCGAGCUCUCCCAAUAUGAUCAGGACGAAUCGAAGAUGAGCCAAAGCCAAGAAAACGACAGACAACGGUCUUCCCCGAAGAUUAACGGCAUCAAGACCGAGCACGACGACCGUGAGGGUGGUGAUGGUCGUAGCCAUGCGUCAGCCGCGACGACGGACACGAAUGGGAUCAACGGCACGACAUGGCCGCCACUCGGCAUGACCAACGACGGUGCGGGAGGAGAUGCGAUUGCGGGGGCCGAAGAUGUUACUGGUGCCGACGAUACGAGUUACCCUCCCCUAUUCUUAGCGCCACCACCCGGAGGUCGCUAUGAGCGCCACGCGUGGAGGGCCAAAGGUGUCCGCUUCGCGCCACUCAGAAUCCCGUUUGAACGUCGGCUACAGACAUCGGCAGUACUGAUGCACAGCCUGUCCAUCGCUCUCUUCGUUUCUCUGUUCUUUUUCAUGGCGGCCAUUCCCCUAAACUGGCCGCUCCUCGUACCGUAUCUCAUCCACCUCUCAUUGUCGACGGCUGCCUCGGACGGCCGCUUACGGUUCCGCUCCGAGUUUCUUCGGUCGCUUCCUCUCUGGACCUUGUUUGCGGGUUACUACCCGGCCGAGCUCCACAAAACGCAUGACCUGCCUCCCUCGAGGAGAUACAUCUUCGGCUACCACCCUCACGGCAUCAUAUCCCACGGUGCUUGGGCCGCCUUCGCCACCAACGCCCUCGGCUUUUCCGAAAAGUUCCCCGGCAUCACCAACACGCUGCUGACGCUGGAGUCCAACUUCCGCAUCCCUUUCUACCGGGACUGGAUCCUCGCCAUGGGCAUCCGGUCGGUCUCGAAAGAGUCCAUCUGGAACACCUUGACGCGGGGAGGCCACGAUGACCACGGCAUGGGCCGCGCCGUCACCAUCGUUGUCGGCGGCGCCCGCGAAUCGCUCGAGGCCCGGCCCGGAACGCUCCGCCUGAUCCUCGAGGGUCGGAAAGGCUUCAUCAAGAUGGCGCUGCGGACCGGUGCCGACCUUGUCCCCGUCCUGGGGUUCGGCGAGAACGACCUGUACGACCAGCUGAGUCCGCGGUCGCAUCCCAAUGUGCGCAGGAUACAGAUGUUUUUCCUGAACGUGUUCAAGUUCACCCUGCCCGCCCUCCACGGUCGGGGGAUUCUCAAUUACGACGUCGGUCUGAUGCCGUACCGCCGACCGCUGAACAUUGUGGUGGGGAAACCGAUCAGGGUCAACCCGAGCCCGACGUCACAGCCAGAGCAGGCCGAGAUUGACCGGUUGCAUGCCUUGUAUGUGGAGGAAGUGCAGAAGCUGUGGGAUGCUUAUAAGAACCAGUUUGCGAAGGGCCGAAAGGCAGAACUGCAGUUUAUCGCCUAGGGUUUUUUUUUCAAUUUUUUUUUUUUCAUUCUUGGUUUUCAACUCAGACUUCGUAUUCCAUAUGGGCUGCAUAGAUGCCGUAUAUAUAGCCACAUUAGAAUCAUCCAUUAUAAUGUACCUGACAGGGUGAGAUAAGAUGGCAUAUCAGGAUGAGAAGCCAAACACCUGAAAGUCUUUCGAGUUCACAUGCCUGUGUCACUGUACCUAUGAAAGGGUGCG